UAGAGAGGAGGGAAACGACUUUGGGCACGCGCGUGGUUGGGAGUUGGACUUGUUAACGGUAAUCGGUCGUCGAGUUGCUGUGGAGUUCGAUUAUUUUGUUACCACAAAAAUCAGUCUUUAAAAGUGUUAGACAAAUUACACGAAACGAUAAAAACACCGAGCCUGGACUAACAUUUAGCUCACUGGGUUAAAUCUGCGAAGUUUAGGUGAGGAGAAGUUUAGCGCCGCUGGGGCUACGGGCGGUUUUUUUUUCUUUUUGGCUAGGCUAACGGUGGCAGGUCUUCUGGGAGCUAACGUCGACGGUACUUCCAGAACACUCGGCAGGAUUUUCAGGUGUAAAAACGAUAAGAUCCAGAUCCUCAUGCAGCGGUGUUUAGAGGUGACAAAUCAUGGGUAGCUAGAUUUGAUGAAACUGCCAAAAUGUCGUCAAUCUUAGGACUCCCUACACGAGGAUCAGAUGUAACUGUUCUCAUAUCCAAGGUCCAUGUGCAUCCCCAUUGUGUACUUGUGGAAUUCUGGGGAAAAUUUAGCCUGGAGAGGACUGCAGAGUAUGAACGUCUAGCCAAAGACAUCCAGUCCCCUGGGGACUCUUUGCAAGAACUGGAAGGAAAACCUGGUGACCAAUGCUUGGUUCAGAUUGAGAGUAUUUGGUAUAGGGCUCGCAUAGUCUCAAGUAAUGGCUCGAAAUACACAGUGUUCCUCAUUGACAAAGGAACAACAUGCCGUGCCAUCACAAGUAGGCUUGCAUGGGGUAAAAAGGAGCAUUUCCAACUGCCUCCUGAAGUGGAGUUUUGUGUGCUAGCUAAUGUGCUACCACUGUCACUUGAGAACAAAUGGUCCCCAAUGGCGCUUGAAUUUCUGAAAUCUCUAACUGGGAAGUGUGUGUCAGCACAUGUGCAGCAAGUACUAGUCCUGAACAGAACAUUCCUCCUGCACAUACCUUGCAUAUCCAAACAAAUGUAUGAGAUGGGAUUUGCUAAGAAACUAUCCCCAAACAUCUUCCAGGACUUUGUCCUAAAGUCAGUGCAGCCCCAUAGUGGAGCUGAGGUUUUUCCAGAGAUCAAACGGCUGUCCGUGGGACCUGUUGAACAACUGCGCAAGCAAGAGGUGUUCAUGUACCCAGAGCUACAGGGAGGAACUGUAGAGACAGUCGUUGUAACAGAAGUGACAAACCCACAGAGGAUUUUUUGCCAGUUAAAGGUCUUCUCUCAAGAACUGAAGAAACUGUCAGAUCAACUUACACAGAGCUGCGAAGGGAGAAUGCCCAAUUGCGUUAUAGGCCCAGAUAUGAUUGGGUCUCCAUGUUCUGCAAGAGGAAGUGAUGGCAAAUGGUACCGCUCUAUUCUACAGCAGGUAUUUCCAACCAGUAACAUGGUGGAAGUAUUGAAUGUUGACAGUGGAACCAAAGAGUUUGUUAAAGUGGAGAAUGUAAGGUCACUGGCUGCAGAGUUCUUUAGGAUGCCAGUUGUCACCUACAUCUGCUCUCUCCAUGGAGUUAUUGACAAAGGGGUAGGAUGGACAACCACCCGAAUUGACUACCUCAAGUCUCUCCUGCUGUACAAGACGAUGAUUGCCAAAUUUGAGUACCAAAGCAUCUCAGAGGGUGUUCACUAUGUCACUCUUUAUGGAGAUGACAAUACAAACAUGAACAUCUUGUUUGGUUCCAAAGAGGGCUGUUUGCUGGACUGUGAAAAAACACUGGAAGAUUAUGCUAUCCGCAACACAGCACACAGGCAACCGCAUCCAGCCCAGCAAGAAAGAACGCCGCUAACUCCUGGAGAAGUUGUGGAAGAAAAAGAAGGGAAAGCAGUUGCAGAGAGGGUGCCUGCUGAAGUUCUCCUGGUAAACUCCUUACAUGUGGCAGUUGUUCAGCAUGUAACAAACCCAUCAGAGUUUUACAUCCAAACGCAAAACUAUACAAAGCAGUUGAAUGAAUUAAUGGAUACUAUCUACCAUCUCUACAAAGAUUCUCUGAAUAAAGGAUCUGUUAGAAUUCCAACUGUUGGACUCUACUGUGCAGUCAAAGCAGCAGAUGGUGAUUUCUACAGAGCAACUGUGACUGAAGUUGGUGAGACACAGGUCGAGGUAUUCUUUGUUGAUUAUGGAAAUACAGAAGUGGUCGAUAGGAGAAACCUCAGGAUACUUCCUGCUGAGUUCAAAAAGCUGCCACGAUUGGCACUAAAAUGUACUCUGGCUGGUGUCAGACCUAAAGAUGGGAGAUGGAGUCAGAGUGCCUCUGCCUUUUUCAGAAAAGCAGUAACUGAUAAAGAACUAAAAGUACAUGUACUGGCCAAAUAUGAUAGUGGCUAUGUUGUCCAUCUGACAGAUCCCAAAGCAGAGGGAGAACAACAAGUCAGUACACUGUUGUGUAGUUCUGGUCUUGCUGAAAAGGCUGGCAAACCAGGGCAGUGCAAAGACACAAUGCAUCCUGCUAUUACUCCUCCCACACAAUAUCCAGUUGCCAGCCCACCAUGUGGGAAUAAGAACACUGGAUUGGCUCUCCAAGUCCAAAACAUAGUUGGCCUUAGCCAGAAAGAAGGAAGAAUGGCUACCUUUAAGGAACACAUGUUUCCUAUCGGAAGUGUCCUUGAUGUCAAUGUGUCCUUCAUUGAGAGCCCAAGCGACUUUUGGUGCCAGCUAGUUUAUAAUGCAGGACUCUUGAAAUUGCUCAUGGAUGACAUACAGGCACGCUAUGCAGGCAGUGAGUUUCAGCCAAAUGUCGAAACGGCUUGUGUUGCUCGUCACCCUGGUAACGGAUUGUGGUACAGGGCCCUUGCGAUUCAUAAACAUGAAACCGCUCAUGUGGAUGUGUUGUUUGUUGACUAUGGCCAGACAAAGACGGUCUCCUUCCAAGACCUGAGGAGAAUCGGCCCAGAAUUUCUUACUCUGCACGGUCAGGCUUUUCGAUGCAGUCUGUUGAAUCCCAUUGACCCUACAUCUGCUGUAACUGAGUGGAGCGAAGAGGCAGUAGAAAGGUUUAAAAACUUUGUGGACUCGGCUGCUUCCAACUUUGUGAUUCUGAAAUGCACCAUAUAUGCUGUCAUGUGCAGUGAGCAGAAGAUUGUUUCCAACAUUGUGGAUCUAGAAACUCCAUUUGAGAGUAUUUGCAGUAGUAUGGUAAAUGUCAUGAAAGGUACACCUCCCAAAAAAGCUAUGGGACCAUCUUUUCGUCUGGAUACAUACUACUACUCAACACACAGUGUCAAAACUGGGAUGGAGGAAGAGGUCACAGUGACAUGUGUGAACAAUGUCAAUCAGUUCUACUGCCAGCUUGAAAAGAAUGCUGAUGUGAUAAAUGACCUCAAGAUGAAAGUGAGCAGUUUUUGUCGUCAGCUUGAGAAUGUGAAGCUUCCAGCAGUCUUUGGAACUCUGUGCUUUGCAAGGUAUACUGAUGGGCAGUGGUACAGAGGGCAGAUCAAGGCCACAAAGCCAGCACUCCUGGUUCAUUUUGUGGAUUACGGGGACACUAUUGAAGUAGAUAAAUCUGACUUGCUCCCAGUUCCCAGAGAGGCAAACGACAUCAUGUCUGUGCCUGUGCAAGCAGUGGUGUGUGGUCUUUCUGAUGUCCCUGCCAAUGUUUCCAGUGAGGUGAACAGCUGGUUUGAGACAACUGCAACAGAAUGCAAAUUCCGAGCGCUGGUAGUGGCCAGAGAACCUGAUGGGAAAGUGCUAGUUGAGCUCUAUCUUGGAAACACUCAGAUCAAUUCAAAGCUCAAGAAAAAGUUUCAGAUUGAGAUGCACACAGAAAGCCAGGUUGUUUGCCAUGGUCGGAGAGCUUUUGAGGCUUCACCGAGUUGUUCGCAAAAGACGACAAAACGGACCACAAAAAUGGAAGAUGACACACAAUUCCUGAAGAAAAACAGUUUCUCUGCUUCAAAACCUCCGUUUACUUUAAGGGAUGACAGGAAAUCUAAUGAAAUGAACCUUUGGAACAAAACAACAAAGUCAGUUCAUGAAAAUGGUCAAAGGAUCAAGAGUCCACGACUAGAGUUGUACACACCUCCACAGCAAAGGCAGUCAUCUGCUGGUGGCAAUGUCAGAUCUUCACAUCUUCCAACAGAUACCAAGAAACUCAAGUCAACAGUAAAUGGCACAGAAUCCCAAAAGGAAAGUAAUGCCGAAAAGCUUCCUAAACUUUCAGACUUGCCCUCAAAUUCUAUCACACCUGGUAUGGUAGCAGAUGUCUACAUGUCACAUUGCAACAGCCCAUUAAGUUUCUAUGUGCAGUGUGUAAGGGAUGAGGAUCAUAUAUAUUCCCUGGUAGAAAAGCUCAAUGACCCCAAUUCAACUCCAGAAACCAACAGGCUCAAAAACGUGCUACCAGAUGACCUUGUUCAAGCACAGUUCGCAGAUGAUUCCUCAUGGUACCGAGCAGUUGUAAGAGAACUCCAUGGUGAUGCAAUGGCUCUCAUUGAGUUUGUUGAUUUUGGCAAUACAGCCAUGACUCCACUUUCCAAGAUGGGCAGACUCCACGAGAAAUUCUUGCAGCUGCCAAUGUACAGCACACACUGUAUGCUGAGUGAUGCUGCUGGUCUCGGGGAACAGGUUGUAGUUGAUCCAGAUGUGGUGUCGGCUUUCAAAGAAAAGAUUUCUAGCAGUGGAGAAAAAGUGUUCAAGUGCCAGUUUGUCAGGAAAAUUGGGUCUGUGUGGGAAGUUAACCUUGAAGACAAUGGUGUGAAGGUUACGUAUAAAGUGCCUACUGUAGAUCCUGAAAUCACUUCAGAGAAACUUGAGCAAGUAAAGGAAAGGAAGGAGCCAUCCCAGGUAUCUGAUAUCAGAGAAGUGCCAGAGAGAUCAGUGCUGAGCCACUGCUCCCCACAUAACUUUCUGGAAGACCUUUUUGAGGGGCAGAAAUUGGAAGCCUAUAUCACAGUCAUAAAUGAUGAUCAGACUUUCUGGUGUCAGUCUGCUAGUUCAGAAGAACAUGAUGAGAUCUUAUUAGGUCUCUCAGAAGUUGAGAAUUCAGCAGGUCAGAACCAUAUUGAUCCAGAUGCUCUUGUUCCUGGAAGUCUAUGUAUUGCUCGCUUUUUAGACGAUGAGUUGUGGUAUCGUGCAGAGGUCAUUGACAAAAAUGAGGGUGAGCUCUCUGUUUUCUUUUUGGACUAUGGAAACAAGGCUAGAGUCAGCAUAACAGAUGUGAGAGAAAUGCCACCUUGCUUGUUGAAGAUUCCACCACAGGCAUUUUUGUGCGAGCUUGAAGGCUUUGAUGUUUUGUGUGGAUAUUGGGAAAGUGGAGCAAAGGUUGAAUUGUCUGCACUCAUAGAUGUCAAACUGUUGCAGUUGACUGUCACAAAACUAGCAAGAGCUACAGGAACAAUCUUUGUGCAGGUGGAAUGCGAAGGUCAGGUGAUAAACGAGUUGAUGAAAACCUGGUGGAAGAGCUUCAUAACCGAAAAUAAAGCCAAAGCAGAUGAACCGCCUGAUUCAGAUGAAGCAUCAGUGCAGACUGACUCAUCUGUAAAUGAGUCUGUGGUAUCUGACGAUCAAGUAGAGAAUCCCAAAACCCAAGAAGCAGACAAAUCUCAUAUCCACUUUGAGAAAGACAACAGUGACGAGCUCAGCACUGAUCAGUUUGAGCCUUGCACAGAAGAUGAGGUACAAAAAUUAAGUACUCCAAAGUCCUCUAAAGAUUCAGUUCAUCUUGAGAUUUUUGGGAUCCAAGAAGAAAGACAGAUCAAGGACAGAUUUCCUGGUGAUAGUGGUAUAGAUGAAAGUAUAUUGUCGCCACUUGAUGACAAAGACCAAAAUGUUUUGACUGUGAACUUUAACAUGGAGGACACUAACAAAGAACCUGAAGAGGAGCAAGUCUUGGUAAUGGACCCUCUUGGGCCCAACGUCUCAAGUUCUCCAGUGGAUGAGAACCUUUUAGAGACAACAGAUGACCAUGAGAGAACUGCAAACACUGACAAGGAAUCUCUACUUGAAGAGAUGAACACAGUUUCCUACAGCUCUGACAUCAUGAAUGUUUCUGAUCUAGCCAAAAACCAAGAUGGAGUAACAGCUUCUGUAGGAAGUGGUACUUCCCUGAACCGUAGGACAACUGUGAAAUUGGUUCCGAGGAACGCUGUUAGUCUCAUGGAAAGUACUGAAGUCUCAAAACAGAUUCCGACUGAAUUAGUGCUGCCCUCCCUUGUGCCUCCUGAGGAGCAGUUGUGCAGUGCUCCCAAUGAACCGGAAAGUGAGGCCGGAGAUGGGAUGAGUCAGCAAGAGGUUCCAUGUGCUACCACACAAGCUGAGAGUGACUCUGUGAGCGAUGAGGAGUCCUUGGUUCAUCUCAACAUUCCAAAUUCAGCUUGUCUGUGUUUGGAUCUCGCAGACACUGACGAAGCUGCCAGUGAGCCCCUCACGUGCACUGUGUCCUCGCUGGAGAAGGGUGAUGAGAUUGAAGAAGUGACCUGUUGUACUGAAGAGGCUUGCAUAACAGAUGUCUGCACAGAGCAAAAAAAGCCGAGUGGUGAUGGUGAAGACUGUCUGAGCUGUGUGACAGCAGAGGAAACGGUCCAGAAUGGAUCGCUUGACACUCCUUCAGGGAACACAGUGGAAGGUGGUGAUGUUGCCCUAGAGGAUCGAGGACCGUGGACAACUACUCCUAGCGGGGACGACUCGAUAACCGAAGAUGAGACGUUGUGUCUUCGUGAGGAUACACUUUCUGCUUUACAAUCUGAUGCUGAGCCACAGACCUCCACAGCUAUUAAAUCUUCAGAUUUGAAUAGCCUUGUUGAAGAGGUGACCUGUCUUGUUGGAGAGAUCUGUUUGACAGAAGUCUGUAGAGAUCUAAAAGAGGAAGCUGAAAUGUUGACGGAGGAGUGUGAGCUGCAGGAGUGUCCACCUUCCCAACAAAAUGAGGUAAGAAAGAGUUGUGAUGACAGUGUGUCGACAGACGAGCUGCCUUCUCCUUAGGACAGUUUUGGAAUCCAGCUGUCAAAGCUGUUCAGCUGAGCAGCAGCCGGCAGAGUGACUGCCUCUUCUUUUCUUUUUGGACGUUAAAUAGAAGAUUACUGUAACUGCAUAUUGUUUUGUGUUGUUUCAGAUGGUUCAGUUCAUUUUUUCUGUGUUCAUUUUAAGUGCCCAAUGCCAGUGUUGUCAUUGUUUUGGCUUCUUUGUGUGUUAUCGUCCUAUCGUCAUACCCUUUGAUCUGCUUAUUUCAUUGUUCCUCUAAAAACAAACAGCUGUGAAGCUAAAAGUCUUUAUAUGGUAAUAGUUGAUAAAACAUGAGGAGUUUGUUUUGAUAAACUGCCAAACAAUUCUUUAGAUGUUUGAGUCUUUAGUUUCUUUGCUCUGGUUUCAGUGGCUGUUGUGAAAUGCAUGGAAAAAAAUCUAUUUGGUGUUAAUCGACGAGUUGAAGCAAAUUUGUGUUGGCACAAUAAAUAUUAAUAUUCAUGCA